UACAUACAGCAUGCUUUGUUUAGCCCCUUUUAGGCAGGUCAUUACAACCUCAUGACACUAUCCUUUUUGUGUUUUACUAAAUGAUUGUCCUUCACAGCCUCACCAGUCAGGGACAGGAAUACCUAGAAACGUUUUAGUAAGUCAGUUGUUGACUGUAAAUUGUAGGAACAGGUUAUCUAGUAAAAAUGCCUUUUUGCAGUGGGAGGACAAUGCAUUGAAUUUACAUUACACUUGUAGCUUUUUGGGACAAAUUUACUUUACCUGGAAUGCUGGGAAGUCACUUCACUGAUCUCUUUCUGAUCCUCAUAAAGGAAUACACUCUCAGCAAUGGAUUCCACCAUCCAGACCUCCUUCUCCUAAUUUUGCUGCCCAGCCUAACACUACAUGAGACUGCAACUUUCAAGACUUCAAAUGCUUGCUUUGUCUCUGGAUACACCAGAAGAGAUAAGCUGCAUUUGCCAGACAAUAUCAGGAUAACUACUGAACUCAUUUCAAUUUUUAAAUGAAUUCAUUUACAUUUUAUAAUGAUCAACAUUGACGUAAAUUGCUCUAUAAACCAUGACAUAGAUCAGUAUUUGUUUCCAGUUACCUAUAUCACUGUGAUUGUCAUAAGUAUCCCAACAAACUGCAUUUCCCUAUAUGUUUCCUGUCUGCAGAUAAAAAAGAAGAAUGAGCUAGGAAUCUAUCUUUUUAACUUGUCCUUUUCAGACCUGCUGUAUACCCUGAUCCUGCCUCUUUGGGUUUAUUAUAGCCUCAGUCAUAAUAACUGGAUGCUUUCAGAACAUGUCUGCUCUCUGGUUGCUUUUCUUUUGCACACUAACUUGUACAGCAGUGCUGGAUUCCUUACAUGCAUCUCACUUGACCGAUAUCUUGCUGUUGUUCAUCCACUGAAGUUCAGCCAUCUACGAACCAUAAGAACAGCAAUUCUUGUCAGCUUUGUUGUUUGGCUAAUACAGCAUUUAUCAAAUGCUAUUAUUCUAACACAACAUGAGCUUUUCAAUAGCUCGGGUGACCUUACAUGUUAUGAUAUCUUCCCGAUGGAACCAUGGAAGUCCAGUUUUAAUAUCAUCCAUAUAUGUAUUGGCCAUUUGCUUCCACUCUUCAUUAUGGUGCUUUGCUAUCAGAGGAUAUUUGCUGCAGUCAAAACAAAUCAGGCCACUGCUGAUAGAGACAAACAGAAAAUCAAGCAACUGCUCCUCACAAUCAUAGUGUCUUUUGUCAUCAGUUUUACUCCAUAUCAUGUUGUGUUGUUUAUAAGGAGUAUUAGGGAACCAGGAGACUGUGACUUUGCUAAAGACAUAUUUACACCAUACAAGUUCACUCUGGCACUUACAAGCAUUAACUGUAUAGCAGACCCUUUCCUGUACUGCUUUGUCAGUGAAGCUGGAAGGGCAGAUGUUCGGACAAUAUUACACUGCUGUGGCAAACAAACUGAGCCUUUGGAAAAAUCUGGAAUCAUGAUGUCUGCAAUCACGCCCAGCACCAAUCAGGAGAAUGUGUGAGGUCUCAUUUUGUAUAGCAGAAGGCUGCACAGCACACUAAUGCUUUAUAUAAUAUGAAUGUUAAACAUUGUCUAUCUCUGUAUGUGGAUAAUAACAGAUAAACGCUAGGUUAUCUGUAAUUGAACACCAACAUAACAGAUACAGAUAAGAACUAUAUUGCUGAAUGCAUUUGUUAAAAUUUAUUUUUGUUUAAUCACUUGGAUUUUUACAAAAUGUGAGUGAAAACAGAACUGUUACAAGAGCCCUUUCCCCUUACUCAGCAUUCCCGUGCUCACUUAUGGCUCAAAGUAAAACCACUGCUGUUGGUUCCUUAAUAACAUUACUAUUAUAAUAUAAAUUGUGUAGGCCAAUGAAAAUCAUUUAUAUGGGGUUUCUUUGAUAAAAGGAAUAAACUAUUUUCUAUAAAAGA